GAUCCAUUUAGGAAAGUCUUCUUGCCGGAAGCGGUCCCGCUUUGAAAGCCGUCUGUGCAUCGAAAACCUUGCGAUAUCAUCGUUGCCACACCUGCAGAGCUCGCGAUACUGCUUAUUAGGCCACCACUCGCUCAAGCCCUACCGUCAUCCAGUAUAUCCUAAGCCUUCAGCCAUUUUUAUUUUUUACACUUGGCACUCUUUAGCACUUCUUUCUCUUUCUUUAUGGACUGCUACUGUGUCAUGCAUACUGAGGAGAAUUUCCCCAAUCCAGUGUCUACUUAUGCCAUGACGGCCGCUUUAUCAUCACGAGGCAGACAGAGACUCGCGUGUCAAGAGUGUCGCCGUCGUAAGCUUCGCUGCGACGGAAAACAACCGCGCUGCUCCACCUGCGAGCAAUCUGGAGCACAAUGCGACGUCAACACCGAUAGACCGCCACGAGGCCCGAAAAAGGGUUAUUUGAAGGCCUUGCAGAGCAAAAUUGAUACACUUGAAAGCCGUUUGCAUGCACAGGAGCAGAGCCAACUGAAAUGGCCAGACAGCUUAGACCAUGGCGAUGGCUCCUUUCCAGCCAUUACAAUGCCACUAGUGACCAUGGCUGGAGGUGAGACAGGUGGUCCCGAUGCCGGGCUACUGGGAAUGCCCGAACAUGACCCCUUUCUCAGUACAUUUAUGGACAUGACUUCAGUCCAUACUGCACCCUCACUCAUAUCGGACCACACUUCUAUAUCAUCUCUUGCAGGCACAAGCUGCACCAGCUUCCAUGUUACAGACGCAAUGCAGGCUGAGUUGGAUCAGUUGUACUUUGAUAGAAUUCACACUGCCGUUCCAAUUCUGCAUCAACGACGGUAUUUAUCAUGGUCAAGGUCACCAACCAAAAGCAAGUCCCAGACAUGUCUACAGUAUGCGGUUUGGAUUGCGGCGUCACUCAUGUCAGUACAAUUCCAGCAUCUUCAAGAAGUGCUAUAUACAGAAGUGAGACGCCUACUGGCUGGGAUCAGCCUUCCAAACUGUGGUGGACAGAAGCUGGAUUCAGAUGUUGAACUUGUGCAAGCUUGGGUACUCGUCUCUACAUACGAGUUUGCCAAGACAUAUCGACAUGAAGCAAGCACAAGCGCUGGCCGUGCAUUCCGGCUCGCACAGCUGAUGGGGUUGCACAAGGUUGAUGCACCUCUGCGCUGUCCUGAAGAUGGUGAUGAAGGAGACCUUGUUGCUAUUGAAGAGAAGCGCCGCGUCUUCUGGAUGUCAUUUACUAUUGAGACGCUCUACAGCAUGCGCAAUAGUUUGCCGCUUGCCAUUAACGAGCAACCGAUAACAACCCUAUUGCCUCUGCCAGACCAUGAGUUCCAAAACGGCCAGUUCCGUCGCACGCGGAUGGUCAGUGAAUCCUUGGUCAGUCGAAAUCAGGAUAUUCGCUCCUCUCAAAAUGAGUGCAUCCUGCUUUUGGCCAUGUGUACCCGCACUCUAUUCCAUGCACAAAAGUUCACCAAGCAGAUUGAAAAGGUAGAUUCUGAAGAAGACGACUCGCCUGUCUGGUGCAAAUGGCUUGAUGAUACGUUGGCGUUGCGUCUCCAAGUGCUUGCGCAUGACUACCCUUCGCCCAUCAGCUCCUCUGACCCAACUCUACUUUUUGCCAACUUCUUGGCACAAUCAUCCAUUAUAUAUCUCUGGAGAGAGAUGCGUGAGAUGGAAGCUGCAGCUGGUCCUGACGCUGAAUGCCCAGUUGUUGCGGAAUACCAGCGCCGCUCUUUUGGCGCUGUGGAGCGUAUGGUUGAGCUCACCCGAUCACUUACUACUUUUCCAUCAUUCAAGAUUAAUCCGUUUCUACGUAUUCCACUUUUUCUUUGCGCGGAGUUUCUGUCAUUGAACCGGCCGAGUCGCCAAGCGGAGGCUCUCAUUCAGAAUUUGUUAGAGGUUGUUCGCCAGCUGAAGAGUAUGGAAGCGUACCAGCAGGGCUAUUUUGGGCUCGCAGACCUGGAUCGUAUUAUAGAAGCGUUGCAUGUAUGAAUUUUGAAAGACCAGAUUAUGACAUCUUUUUGCAAGCGUUUUGUACAUUGAGCCCAGGAGCAGAGAAUAUAUAAGGAACAAUAUCAGAGCAGUGAGACUAGAACGAAAUUGGAC